AGUUUUCUGACAUAUUCACCAAAGCUAUCACAUUUUAGGCUAGGCCCUACUCUUCUUUUGAUCUGGCAGUAAUUGCAUUGUAGUCAUUAUUAUUGUAGCCUAAUUAUUAUAUUAUAUUAAAUUAAAUAUAAUGGCAUACAAAGGGAUUUCGUUAGGCAAUCUGACUUAUAUAAUAUCACACAGUGUGAUGUGGGAUUAAGAUGAGAGUGGGCCGUGGAUCUCGGAGCAUCUGUCGUGUUUUUUGAUUGUGUCAUCGACACAAUGGACGACGACGAAUGACAGCGUUAACCAUACUGAGAGACUGCGAGAGCUGCGUGUUUCAGUGCAGAGGAGGAAAGACGUGUUGAUGCAAAGAAGGAGGCGAAUGCAGAAACCAAUUUCUCGUUUUUGUUUACGAAAGUCGAUCUGUUCGGUGAGAGUUUGACGCCCUGCAGUGUGCUGUCCCCGCACAUUUGUCUAAACGGGCAGAAAGGGAACAGCUGAAUUGCCACCGUAGUUCUCUGCCUGACGCUUCGGACCCUCCUGGACUCUAACUCUCUCCUGUGCGUCCCGUCCUCCAGCCGGUGGGUCACAUUUCUCCUCCUGUUCGACUGAAGGCAUCUAGAACACUCUUCUUCAUCUGACUCUGUGUCUGGCAUCAACUCUCUUCUGAUGUGUGCUGCCACACCUGUGCAUGGGUUCAUAGGUGUGAGUUCCAAAUAGUUCAUGUGCAGUGAAGGAGUUUGACUGUCCACCUUCUGUUGAACGGUUCUAUUCUAGAACUUUCCUCAACUGGAUCCGUUAUCUACCUGAAGUCACUGCGCUUCCCAUUGCCAGAUUGGAGCAUCUCCUCCUCCUUCCAGGUGGUUAUGUCACCCUAGAGGGUUCUGCUGUGCGGUCAGAAAGUGUAGGAGAACACUUCAAGGCUUCUGUGGACUUCCAGACCGAACAUUCGCUCACUGCCUCUGAGGAGGAACGAUGAGGGCAUCAUCGGACUGAAGUCCCGUCAGCCGUCCUUGGGGAUUGGAGACUGCGGCAACCUUUUCAGCUCGUCUUUGCCAGCUUGUGUGAGUGGUGUGUGUGUGUGUGCGUACGUGUGUUUGUGUGUGUGUGUGUCUAUGCGCACAGACAGGUGAGGUAGAGCCAGCUAAAAAUCUCAGCAUGAAUGUAUGAGUUGCAGACAUACAGAACCGUACAGGUGUGUUUGACUGAGCGCGUGUGUAUGUCUGCGUGUGCGAGCGGUCUUCUCGCUCUCGGUGAAAAUGGACUGGUCACUGGAGAGGAUGCGUGAGCUUGUGGCCGGUGGCAUGCAGUCGAUGCGCGAGUGCGAGUCCAGCGUGCUGGGCACUGCCCUCUGCCUGGCGCUGCUCUUCGUGUGGUACUGCUACCGCGUCGGGCGGGAACACAGCAUGCCCGGCCUGCGGGGCGCCUACGGCGUGGCCGAGAACCGGCGCGGCAGCCUGGCGGUGCCCGGCCGCGUCGGCUCCCUCAUGCCCUCGGACGGCGCUGGCCUGGGCAGGGGCGCCAAGGGCCGGCAGUGCUCCGGCGAGGAGCUGAACGGCUUCGCCUACUGCCAGUCCCCCGAGUGCUUCCGCUGCACGCACGCGGGCGAGGGGCUCAACCAACGGCUCUACCACAGCCUGCAGGACUACGCCAAGCGCUACACCUGGGCGGGCAUGGGCCGCGUGCACAAGGGCGUGCGCGACCAGGGCCGCUACCUGCUCUCGGGGCGGCCGUCCAUCCAGAAGCCCGAGGUCUUCUUCCUGCCCGACCUGCCCUCGGCGCCCUUCUUCUCGCGCGACGCCCAGAAGCACGACGUGGAGCUGCUGGAGCGCAGCUUCCCCGCGCUGCUGGCCGAGUUCGAGAGCGUCUACCGGCUCCCCGCCGCCACCGCGACCUCCUCCUCCUCCUCCUCCUCGCUGCCGCCGGGGUGGAAGGCCAACAGCACGCCGCGCGGCCAGUGGUGGACCUACUACCUGGUCAACCAGGGCACGCCGCUGGCCGUCAACGCCCGGAGGUGCCCGCGCGCCUGGAGGGUCCUGGGCCAGCUGCGCACCUUCGUGGCCAACAACGUGUUCGGCAACGCUUGCUUCUCGGUCAUCACGCCGGGCGCCGCCAUCGCUGAGCACUACGGCCCCACCAACGUGCGCCUGCGCUGUCAUCUGGGUCUGAAGGUGCCCGCUGGUUGUGAGCUGGUGGUUGGGGGAGAGCCGCAAUGCUGGUCGGAGGGCAGCUGCCUGCUGUUUGACGACUCCUUCCUGCACACAGCCUUUCAUGAGGGCACUGCAGAGGACGGCCCAAGGGUGGUCUUCAUGGUGGACCUCUGGCACCCAAAUGUGGCAGCUGCAGAGAGGCAGGCCCUGGACUACAUCUUCAGUCCUGGACACUGAGCGGGAAAGAGAGAAAGAGUGAGAGUGAGUGAGUGAGAGAGACAGAGAGAGAGAAACAGAGAGAAAAGUAGAGAGAGAGAAGGUGAGAAAGAAUGAAAGAGAUGGUGUAAAAGCCUUGGUGCCUCAUGUAUGGGUGAGAAACUAUAAAAACCCGUGAGAAAGCCAAAAAAAAGCAUUUAUAGAGGUCAAAAAGAGAAGGGUUCAGAGAAAUUGAUGAGCCAAAAGGAAGGAAGUUGGGAAGUCAGUUGGGGUCAGUUUGAAGGGUUAUGUUUGUUGUGCGUAGUCCCAACACCCAUCUCACCCCCACUGUUUAUACUCCAAGUGUACAUAAAGUAUCCUUAACUGACAUGAUAUGUACACACCCACAUGCUGUGUUCAUCCCUUUUGCCAGGGCUUUUUUCGGAGCACUUUGUACUGAAUAUAAAUGUUUGCAGAUUGACCAAUCAAACAAAGUGUUUUCAUCUGCCCUGUGGUAUACCUUUAGUAAACCCAGAGAAGCUAGUAUACAGCUCAACAGUGCUGUUGUUAAAUCGUUCUACUGGCUGACCUGUUUGUACAGAAAUGCUUGGUGCAAAUUAGGUGUUUUCUGGUUCCUUUUGUAAGCAGUAACUGAAAACAAAAAUAGACAGAACACUAGCGCAGGUGGUCCAGUGGUACAUUUUAUGACAGGUGAGUUCAACUGAUAAUGAACUACUUCUUCAAGACCAAAUCAUGGCAUUCAAAUGGUACUUUACAGGAUAGCGUGGUUGGAUUUAGCACAUGGGGGUAUGAUUUUUUUAACCCUGUGUAGACUACUGGGUAACCUCUGUAUUUUCUGACCACUUAGUUAUUAAGCAAGGCUACAAGGAGUGAGGGUGCGCCUGUGUGUUUGUGCGCAGUUUUCACUGCUUUCUACUUUGGUACACUGAAAAUGGAGCACAGCGUAUACUUGACACAUUUUUAAAAGUUUACAACUGUUACAGUUCUUAAAUGGUCUAGAUUUUAACUCUUAAUUGUUCCGUAUUUUGAUCAGUCUUCUCUAAGUACAAGCUGAUUGCAUCAUUUUGUGGUAUUGAUACAUUCCUUUUGUAAAAAAAAAAGUUUUAAAAAAAUCAGUUGUCUGAUGAUGUGGUUCAAGUAACAAGUGGUGCCAUUUUGUUUUGUUUUGUGUUUUUUUGCCGUUGCAAAUCAAUCCUCAGAUUUUUCUCUUCAGUCAGUAUUGUGCCAUAAUCUCACUUGGACAACAGUCACAGUUUUAUCAGUAGGUUGAAUAAAAAGUGUUGCCUUUACACUCA